AUGUCUACCUACGACAACGACAACAACAACUCCGAGUACGCAAGUGGAAACACCGAUUCUUAUGGUUCUACCAACCGAGAGGACAAGAACCAGUACGGCUCAUCGGGGAACGAAGAUUCCAGCUACGGCUCUUCUGGACGUCAGGGAGGACGUGACAACUACUCUCCGCAGUCCGAAAACGCAACAUCCGAUUCAUUCGGCGGUUCGUCUGGCCGUAGAGGAGAUUCUUCUGAUUUCCAAUCUGGCACCCGCACAGGCGGGAGUGGGCUCGGAGGCAACGACGCAUCCGAUUAUCAGGGAGACCGAGGCGGAAGUUCUGCCUACGGAAAUGACUCCUCGGAAUUCUCGUCUUCGACUCGGGGAGGUCGGGGUGGGAAUGACGAUUUGCUAGAAUCCUCGGGCAGAGCUGGCGGUAGCGGUAGCGGUUUUGGGCAGAGCGACGACUCGCCCAGCGACUUUCAAACUUCCUCGGGUCGGGGUGGGGAUUCUAGCUACGGCAAUGAUUCGUCAAACACGCAUGGGUCGUCUGGACGGGGAACCACUACUACUUCAUCGGGGGGAUACGGCGGAUCUGGUGAUAGCUCCAGCACUUACGGGGCGAACAAGUCAUCCACAUAUGGCCACUCAUCCAAUGAUGAUGAUUCCAACACUUACGGCAACAAGUCAUCCUCAGGCUACGGAGGCAACCCAUCAACCGACGACAGCAGCAACACUUACGGCAACCAAGCCUCGAGCUCCGACAACUAUGGAAGCUCGAAAAACGACUCGUACGGCUCGGGUAACAACAAGAACAGCAGCAGCAGCAGCGGAGGAGAAGGAGGUGACUCCAUGGCCGGCAAGCUGAUGGAGAAGGUCGGCGACAUGUUCAUGAACGAGGGUCUGCAGGAGAAGGGAGCUGCCAAGCGGGACGCUGCUGCUGGCAGGAGAGACGACGACGAAUACUAG